CUGCGCUUGAUGGUGUGACGUCAGCGCGUCAGACGACGCACUCUGGUGACGUUGCAAGGUGUAUGGCGGCCUGAAUGGAGAUCUGAAGCCCCGGCCUCGAGUGAUCAUCAUCGCCGGUGCAGAGCUGCCUUUACCCGGCUGAAAAAUGAGCAAAAGGAAAGCCCCGCAGGAGUCUCUGAACGAGGGGAUAACGGACUUCCUGACCGAAUUGGCCAAUUAUGAGAGAAAUGUGAACAGAGCCAUCCACAAGUACAAUGCCUACAGGAAAGCCGCCUCUGUAAUUUCCAAGUACCCUACAAAGAUCAAAAGUGGAACAGAAGCCAAGAAACUGGAUGGCGUCGGUGCGAAGAUAGCUGAGAAAAUCGAUGAGUUUUUGGCCACUGGUAAAUUACGAAAACUUGAAAAGAUUCGCCAAGAUGACACCAGCUCUUCCAUCAAUUUUCUAACACGGGUCACUGGGAUAGGGCCGGCGGCUGCUCGAAAGCUGGUAGAAGAAGGGAUCAAGACUUUAGAUGAUCUGAGAAACAAUGAACACAAGCUGAAUCAUCAUCAAAAGAUCGGAUUAAAGUACUUUGAAGAUUUUGAGAUGAGGAUCCCACGGGAGGAGAUGCUGAAGAUGCAGGAAAUCGUCAUUGAAAAGGUGAAGGGCCUGGAUUCAGACUACAUCGCUACAGUAUGUGGCAGCUUCAGGCGAGGUGCAGAGUCCAGUGGGGAUAUGGACGUUCUACUAACUCACCCAGACUUCAUGUCAGACUCUCCCAAACAGCCGCACCUCUUACACCAGGUGGUCCAAACUCUGGAAGAAUGCAAGUUUAUCACAGAUACACUGGUGAAGGGAGACACCAAAUUCAUGGGUGUAUGCCAGCUGCCGCCUGAGGGAAGCAAACAGUUCCCCUUCCGGAGACUUGAUAUACGGUUGAUUCCCAAGGACCAGUACUACUGCGGGGUGCUGUAUUUCACCGGCAGUGAUAUUUUUAACAAGAAUAUGCGUACCCAUGCCCUGGAGAAAGGCUUCACCUUGAAUGAAUAUACCCUGCGCCCACUGGGGGUCACAGGAAUGGCGGGUGAACCUCUUCCGAUAGACAGCGAGAAAGACAUCUUCGAUUACAUCCAUUAUAGAUACCGCGAACCGAAAGAUCGCAGCGAGUAACCAAAAAACCCUGCCAGCUGAAUAUUGUCCUGUUCACACUACAAGGUUACGCUGCAACUAUAAGAUCAGUGAUGUCACCGCCUCUUCUGUAGUGUGUUGUGUGUGUGUUAGUGAAAUUGUGCGAGUGCUAGUAGCUAGGUAUAAGGCAUGUAAAGCUGUUACAUAAACCUUUGUUAUUUAACGUCAUGUACUAUAAUUUUUAAACCCCAAAUCAUGUGAUCAUAGGUCUCCAAACAGAGUGCCUCCAGCUGUUGAAAAACAAGUCCCAGCAUGCCCGGACAGCCAACUCUGUUAUUUAAUUUUUAAACCCAAAUCAUGUGAGCAUAGCUCUCUAAAUUGUGGACCUCCAGCUGUUGCAACACUACAUUUCCCAGCAUGCCCGGACAGCCAUUGGCUGUCCGGGCAUGCUGGGAGUUGUAGUUUUGCAACAUCUAGACGGACUAGAAUCUGAAAGCAUUUUUUAUUUUUUAUUUGUCUGUUGUAGUAAAUUUAUUUUAAUCCCCAUAAAAUAAAAUUUCUGGAGCAUCUUUUCUUUGAACAGUGUUGUGCUGUUCCUCUGUUAUUCCUCCUGGAAAUAGAGGAAUGAAUUAACAACUGGGAGUUACCAUUCAUGUUUUCAAUGGGGUGUUUCCCAAACAGGGUGUCUCCGGCUGUUGCAUAACUACAACUCCCGGCUGUUGCAUAACUACAACUCCCGGCUGUUGCAUAACUACAACUCCCGGCUGUUGCAAAACCACAGCUCCCAGCAUGCCCGGACAGCCUUUGGCUGUCCGGGCAUGCUGGGAGUUGUAGUUUUGCAAUAGCCGGAAACACCCUGGUUGGGAAACACUGCCUUUACAAUCUGACGCCGGAAGUACUGAUUGGACAAUAUCAGGAUAAAGGUAACACCCAGUUGUCAAUUUAUUCAUACAUUUCCAGGAGGAACUACACAAUACAGAGAAAAGACGCUUCAGAAUUGUUCUUUUAUGUGGAAUAAAAUCACUGCUAAGACCGACCAUUUCAGGAGACUGGGCUUUCCAGCUUUAUUGUUAGAACGAUCAUAUGACUGUCAUUUUUUUAUGUCAUUUAUUUUUAAUAAGUUAUGGUUAUUUUUGUUUUUUUAUUACACUGUAAUGAGUUAAGACUGAAUUGUAACUGGAUUGUGGCAUUUAAAGUGCAGACAACAUGGCGUCAAUGAAGGCAGUAAGAAUUGCGCUGCAAAAGUAAAAUUGUUCAUUUAUCCUUAUAGUGGAAAAAAGUUUACAUUUUAUUUCCUUUUUUCUAUUAUUAUUAUUAUUAUAAAAUAAGUCUUGUUGUAGUAUAAAGGUAUGGAUUUGGUGAUAUAGAAUUUUUUAUUUUUUUUUUGCAUGCUGAACGACUGUUUGAUAUGAUUUUGAUAUUUUACAAUACACAUUGCUGUCUGUAAAGUGUUAGGUCUCCUAUCUGAGGGCAGCGAUGGAUUGAAGGGAAGAUGUUGAGCUUGUUGGAGUCAUGACUGACUGACUGGGGUGGGGUGGGGACAGGGAGAGUGAGCGAGCCCUAAACUGACCCUAAAAACACUCUCCCUGCCUACUUGCCCAGACAUCCUAAGCAGUGAAUCAACAACUUGGAGCCGGUCCCUCCCUGUGCUAAACUGCAGUGGCAUAAAAACAAAUAUACAUUGUCGAUCACAGGCCAGAAACAGAAAACUACCAGACAGACAGAUAUACCAGACAGGACACAAAUACUAACAGUGCAGAAAAUAGUGUAUUAACAAACAGUUCAUAGACCAGAUAUCGGAUAAAUGGUAGACAUGAUAAAAUAAACAAGACUAAGCAUGUAACAAGAAUACAGAUGAAUCCAAGAGAUGCAGGGGAUGGAUGGAAGAAAUGAAAGAUAAAACACUAAACUGAUCAGGUAACAUAGGACACUGUUCACACUGAACAUAGAUAAACAUGAACUUCAUAAAAACCGAUAUAAGAAAACCAAAUUCUACAACGUAGAGGAACACUGGUCAGGAUACUAGACAGGAUAUGUCUCAAGAUUCAAAACAGGAUAUAUUUCAAGAUACAAGACAGGAUCAAUUAAAAACCAAACUCCACUAUGUGGAGGAACAGGACAGGAUACUCAGUGUGAACACAGACUAAGCAGAACAGACAUACAUCCUAAAGACCGACAAAUAAAACAGACUAAAAUCUACAAUAAACAAGACUAUUUAACCAUGGCUAAAACUCAGAUAAAUACAAGGUAAAUGCUCAAGCAGACAUAGUCAGAGAAUUGCACAAACAGACAUCAUAGUAGUAUUAUUGCACAAAAUAACCAGCACCAGAAUGCAGGAGAACUCUGGUUAAAUAGACACACCCGAGAUCUCAUUGGUUCUGAGCAUUAACCAUUCCCAAUUCAUGGAGAAUAGCAAACUGCUCAGAACAAACUAGUGUGUGAAUACACACCUAAAUAGAGAAAUACAAAAACAAACGCACAUUACAGUUGGUAUAUAAUUUUUAAACCGAUCAUUAACUUCUGCUUGGACUCUAAGGCUGGGUUCACACCACGUUUUUGCUAUAUAGUUCCCGUAUACGUUUUUAAUUUGAAAACCGUACGGAACCGUAUUGAAAGCCAUAUGCACUGACUCUCCUUUGAAAACCGUAUGCCAAAAGAUGCAUCAGGUUGUGUCCAUUUUGCAUCCUGUACAGUUUUGUCAGGUUUUUUCCCGUACCCAAAACUGUAGACUACCACGGUUUUUGGUCUGGGUAAAAAAACGUAUUAAAACAUGUUUUUUUUUUAACAUGGGAGUCAAUGGGAACCGUCCAGAACCAUAUGUGCAUAUGGUUCCAUCCGGUUUCCACCAUACGGUUUUUGACUUUGCACAGUUUUUUCUCUUGGAAUUUCAAUCAAACAAGUGAAACUUUAUUCAUAAUGGAAUGAAACGUUAAAAACGUAUACUUUUUUUUUUUCUUAAAAAACAGAUGCAACUGGACAUCAUUUUUCAAACCGUAUAUGGAUUCAAAUUUGUACACAAGUUUGAUACAGUUGAAUCAGGUUUUGUGGAAUCCGGUUUUUUUUUUUUUUUUUUUAUCAUCAAUAACCUGAUACCGGAACUGAAUUGCAAAAACGUGAUGUAAACCCAGCGUAAGAGAACAUGUAAGAGUCCUGGUUCCCCCUCCCACACAUAGAGAGCCUGUGAAUGAUCUGAGAUAUAAUUUUUUAAAUUUUUUUUGAACUGAGAGGAAGUGCAGCCCUCCGAAAGCAGGGUGUGCUGGAAAACACCGCCCCCGGAGACAGCUACAUGCUGUAAGGAGCACUCCGCCACCCGGCCACAUGAACGGGGAAGCGCCCAGCCGCGUGGGACCAAAGACCUGCUGUCCAAAGAAAACUAAGAAGGGGGCAACUGCAGAGGGCCUCCGGCAGCAGAUAAAAGAACGUGGCCAGGACACUGCACCUGGCCGCAGCUAAGAGCAGUAAGCGGGCUGGUGUGCCCACACUAAGGAACGCGGUCGGCCACGUGGGACUGGAGACCCACUGCCUGUAGCUGUAGGUCUCUGGUCAUUCUAAUAAAGAAUGCAGCCAGGACACCGCGCCUGGACCUAAAUAAGAGUGGUAAGCGGGAUUAUUGCUCCCCUACAGGGGAAGUAGACGGCCGAGUGGGACCGGAGACCCACUGCCCCAGAGACUGAAACUAUGGCAGCAGCAAUGAGACUCCAGCCGAAUAAGAAGGGAACUCAGCCAUGGUACUGUGCCUGGCCGCAAUACAUGUGGGGCCUGAAGAGGGGGUAGGGCAGGUCCACCGGACUGUCCCCUCCAGAAUGGUGCGGGAGGCCAUGAGGGGUCCUGCCCAGCACAGCCAUGUGGAAUGGUUGCUGAGGAGCUGGGCACAUGAGAGAAAGAGGACCCCUGGAUGAGCAAAAGGGAGGGAGAGGUGGAAGAGGGUUUGCAGUACAUACUCAUCCACGGCUCCAUCUUCAUAUACUCACCCUGAAGUCUUCAGCCAGCUUAUGGCUACGCUGCAUCAUACCAGGCUGAGAUAGCGGGGCAAGUGGAGGACUUGGACCCAGGGUACAACCUCCAGGCGCUGUUCCGUGCCCCUUUGUCGCAUAUGGGAGAACAGGUAGCUCCUGAACCCUCACCUGAAAAAAGGGAGAUAAAAACCUAACUAAACAGCUCUAACUAGAAAAUACACGACUCCAAAAAAUAAAGGGAACAUAACAGAGGCUGCAAGGGAGGUACAUGAUUUUUUGUUUUUUAAGCAGACAGCCUGGCGAUUUAAAAAUAAAAUAAAAAUAAAGUUGACAUCUCCUUAGAGCAGUGUUUUCCAAUGAGGAAGGCUGUCGGGACAUGAUGGGAGUUGUAGUUUUGCAACAGCUGGAGGCGCCCUGGUUGGGAAACACUGCCUUAGAGAUACACUGCUCAAAAAAAUAAAGGGAACACUUAAACAACACAAUGUAACUCCAAGUCAAUGACACUUCUGUGAAAUCACACUGUCCACUCAGGAAGCAACACUGAUUGACAAUCAAUUUCCCAUGUUGUUGUGCAAAUGGAACAGACAACAGGUGAAAAUUAUAGGCAAUUAGCAAGACACCCACAAUAAAGGAGUGGUUCUGCAGGUGGUGACCACAGACCACUUAUCAGUUCCUGUGCUAUCCUGGCUGAUGUUUUGGUCACUUUUGUGGUAGCAUGAGACGGAGUCUACAACCCACACAAGUGGCUCAGGUAGUGCAGCUCAUCCAGGAUGGCACAUCAAUGCGAGCUCUGGCAAGAAGGUUUGCUAUGUCUGUCAGUGUAGUGGCUAGAGCAUGGAAGCGCUACCAGGAGACAGGCCAGUACAUCAGGAGACGUGGUGGAUGGCAACAACCAUGCAGCAGGACCACUACCCCCGCCUUUGUGCAAGGAGGACCAUGAGGAACACUGCCAAAGCCCUGCAAAAUGACAUCCAGCAGGCCACAAAUGUACAUGUGUCUACUCAAAUGGCCAGAAACGGACUCCAUGAGGGUGGGCCUGACGUCCACAGGCCGUGCAGGCCGUUUGGUAUUUGCCCGAGAACACCAAGAUUUGCAAAUUCGCCACUCGCGCCCUGUGCUCUUCAUAGAUGAAAGCAGGUUCACACUGAGCACAUGUGAUAGACGUGAGAGUCUAGAGACGCCGUGGAGAACAUUCUGCUGCCUGUAACAUCUUUCAGCAUGACCGCUUUGGCGGUGGGUCAGUAAUGGUGUUGGGUGGCAUUUCUUUGGGGGGACCGCACAGCCCUCCAUGUGCUUGCCAGAGGUAGCUUGACUGCCAUUAGGUACCGAGAUGAGAUCCUCAGACCCCUUGUGAGACCAUAUGCUGGUGCGGUUGGCCCUGGGUUCCUCCUAAUGCAAGACAAUGCUAGACCUCAUGUGGCUGGAGGCUGUCAGCAGUUCCUGCAGGAGGAAGGCAAUGAUGCUAUGAACUGGCCGCCCAUUCCCCAGACCUGAAUCCAAUUGAGCACAUCUGGGACAUCAUGUCUCGCUCCAUCCACCAACGCCACGUUGCACCACAGACUGUACAGGAGUUGGCGGAUGCUUUAGUCCAGGUCUGGGAGGACAUCCCUCAGGAGACCAUCCGCCACCGCAUCAGGAUCAUGCCCAGGCAUUGUAGGGAGGUCAUACGGGCACGUGGAGGCCACACACAUUACUGAGCCUCAUUCUUACUUGUUUUAAGGACAUUACAUAAAGUUGGAUCAGCCUGUAGUCUGGUUUUCCACUGUGAUUUUGAGUGUGACUCCAUAUCCAGACCUCCAUGGGUUGAUAAAUUUGAUUUCCAUUGAUCAUUUUUGUGGGAUUUUGUUGUCACCACAUUCAAAUAUGUAAAGACAAAAGUAUUUCAUACGAUUAGUUCAUUCAUUCAGAUCUAGGAUGUGUUAUCUCCACCUACACAUAGAGAAAGCCUGUGAGUCCUGCUUCUCCACCUACA